AUGGCGGGUGGCUGGGCCGAAGACGCCACCGAAGCCAGCACCACCACCACCACGACGCAGAUCCCGAUCCUGCGGCAGGUCAACGAAGUCAACGAGGACGGGACCUACACCUACGGCUUCGAGGCCGCCGACGGAACCUUCAAGCUGGAGACCCGCGACGAGAACGGCAACGUCAAGGGCAAGUACGGCUUCCUGGACGAGUUCGGAGAGCUCAAGAUCGUCGAGUACAGCGCCGGGAACGAGACGGGCUUUGCGCCCACGUCCGAUCUCCUGCCCAAGCCUGUGCCCGUCCCUGAGGUUCCACAGAUUCCCCAGCAGCUGCCGAACAUCCCCACUCUUCCGAGGCCCCAGUUCAACCCACAGCGGGUGCCACAGCCCCAACCUCAGCCCCAAUUCGCUCCCCGCCCACAGCCCCAACCUCAGCCUCAAUUCGCUCCCCGCCCACAGCCCCAACCUCAGCCUCAAUUCGCUCCCCGCCCACAGCCCCAACCUCAGCCUCAAUUCGCUCCCCGCCCACAACCUCAGCCACAGCCCCAAUUUGCUCCCCGCCCACAGCCCCAACCUCAGCCUCAAUUUGCUCCACGCCCACAGCCCCAAUUUGCUCCCCGCCCACAGCCUCAGCCACAGCCCCAGUUCGUUCCCCAACCGCAGCCACAAUUUUCCGCCCGCCCACAGCCCCAAUUUGCUCCCCGCCCACAACCGCAACCUCAGUUUGUUCCCCAGCCCCAAUUCGCCCCUCGCCCCCAACAGCCCCAGUUCGCUCCCCAGCCUCAGCCCCAAUUCGCCCCUCGCCCCCAACAGCCCCAGUUCGUGCCCCAGCAGUUCAGACCUCAGCCCCAAGUGCCUCAGCGCCCAGUCAACGUGGAACUUGACGGCUUCUCGGAGGACACGAACCAAGACGGCUUCGUCGACGGCUCUCCCGAGGAGGCUGCCAAGGGAAACCCUGUAACACCCUCAGGAGCUCCUUUCCUUCCAGGUAGGCCCUCUCCUUUCCCGGCACCGCGACCUGCGCAACCUCGUCCUCAGCCACAGUUCGUACCUCAGCAGAUCCCUCAAGGCUUCAACAGGUUCGUCCCCCGUCAGCCCCAAGUCACUCCUCAGUUGAAUGCUCAACAGAUCCAGCAGUUACAGCAACAGCAGCAACUUUUAGCAUCCCAACAGGGGCAAGGUUCUCGCCAGUUUGUUGCUCCUCAGUUUGCUCCACAACAGUUCGCUCCUCAACAGUUUGCCGGACAGCAAUUCGUCCCUCAGCAGCCGCCUCGGUUCCAGUAA